AUGUAUACUGACUCGCAANNCAGACAUCUCGGAAAAUCACAUGAGCGGAUCAUCGGCCUCCUGUACUAUCUUGGUGAUCUGACUCUCGAGCAUGGCCACGGUUACCCUGAAGACUACUACCGCGAGAUUGUCGACAUCGUUGGUACAUCCAACACCAAGCUUUCCUUCAGAGCCUACAAGAGACUCAGCCAAAUCUACUAUGACGAGAGCAAUUGGGUUGAGCUCAGGAUUGUCUGCGACGUCCUGUGGAAUCUCCUCACAAAGCAGACCAAGGAGUACGACUAUGACGAAAACUACGUCGAGCUGUUGUACAUCAGAUAUGCCUACGUUCUGAAGCACCAUAACAGAAAUCACGGUAAGGCAGACCAUAGGCUUUUGGCUCUGGUCGCUCAGCAAUACCGAGACAUCUGUAUAACGAAGUUUGGCACCUCGUCAUCGGUCGCAAUUCGUGCCAGGAUCGAAUAUGCCUCGGUACUUAUGGAAGAUGAAUCGACAAAGGUCGAAGCUGUUGCCGCUUACGAGGAGAUAAUCACGACGACAAAGAAUAGCAAGGUUGUGAUUGAUGAGAAGACCAUGUCAAUGGUGAGAACUCGUAUGACCGAAGCCUAUGUUCAUGUUCAUCGCAAGGGCAUCUCCUCGGUAGCCACAACCGAGAAAGCCAUUACAGUACUUCAGGAGAGACUUCAGCAGCUCAAGAGCGUUCACGGAAGUGCCCACUCCGAAACUCUGUCCAUUCUCAGCGAACUGAUCUCGAUGCGCUACAAAACCAAGAAGACGACAGAAGAUGAACACACUAUCGUUCGCAUGCUCCAAGAACACACCAUUGAUGUCAUCGCCAAGGAACAGCGAUCUCAGGUACUUUUCGAGGCAGCAAACGCGCUCAGUGCCAUGUACAUCACCUGUGGCUACCACGCUCAUGGUCUUGAGCUUGUACAGGCUGCCAGACGUCAAAUCAUCACAGGUCAUGUAGAUGGAAAGCACGGCUUCAAGUUCGACAAGUCGAUCGGUCGCAUCGCCUUUGUUUUCCUCGUCACCUUCGAGCUGUCUCUCAAGGGCUCUUCUGGCCACAACUACUCGGAGGUGAUGGCAGAUUGGCUGACUGAAUCGGUCUUGUUCAACAACUACUCUCGUUGCCUGACCACUCAAGCCAAGACCGAGCAACUGCUUUUGCGUAGUGCUCAUAUCAGGUCUUUCUGGAACCAUCGUUCGCGCCACGAAGAGCUCGACAUGCUCGACCAACGUGUUUUCGAGGCCUUCAACAAACAAUUUGGCAAUGCUCUCAAGACCAGACCGGAGAUGAUCAAGAUCUUCUUGACCUCUCUUCUAGUUCACAUUGGAUCUGGUGAUGCUUACGACAUUCAAAUUGCCAGAGCCGCAUCCAUUGCUGGAGACCACAAAAUCGAAGCACUCGUUCGAAGUGGCAAGUACCAGGAAGCAGUUGAGGUUGCACAUUGUACUUUCCACUUCGUCAUGACCUAA